GAGGCAUUAUAGUUCGCUUACAGCAAUCGUUCUGCUGAUGCUCGGUGGAGUGGUGAAGGGCGGGUCGCCGCCCACCGGCCGCUGUCCCUUUAGCCCCUCGAUGCCAGAUGAAGAGGCAGAGCCAUCUGCCAAGCCAAAAAGAAACAGCCUGGACUAUGAGAUGCAGUCCGAUGCACCGAGCGCGACCAGCGAAUACAAUUUGGACUCAUUGCUCAAGAAUUUUUUGCCCAAGUACAGCAUCAAGUCGGCACCGGAGGGCAUACAGCACAGAUGGAUGAAUGAUGGAAAAGCCGUGAGUCCAGUUACGUGUGGCGUGCCGCCCCUCAACUGUCUGAAUGAUACGAAAAAUUUGCAUUAUCGACGCAUCGACGGUGCCUGCAAUAAUCUCGUGUAUCCAGAUUUCGGCAUAUCUGUCUCUAGAUUUUUACGCUUGCUGCGACCAAAGUACGCUGAUGCGACCAUUUCAGGAGCUCCGCUGCCAAAUGCUCGACUCAUCAGCCUCUCGCUCUAUGGAGAGGACACUUUGGUGGACAGAUAUCGCACCGUCGCCGCCAUGCAGUGGGGCCAGUUUGUCGCCCAUGAUAUCAGCAUGUUAAGCACCCAGGGCGCACCCAAGGACUGUUGUGCGGAUCGCAACAACAAGCAGUGCUAUCCCAUCACUCUGCCUCGCGGCGGACCCAUUUCCCAUAACACGGGCAAGAGUUGUCUUCAUUUUGCACGCAGCGUCUCCGACGCCGACGCCAUUUGCAGCAAAAGCGAUCUGGCCUAUCCCGAAAAGUUGUCCGUAGUGACCGCCUUCAUGGAUCUGUCCUCCCUCUAUGGCAGCUCUGAGGAGCAGAGCAAUCGGGUGCGACUCCACAAGCGAGGUCUCUUGCGUACCAGCUAUGUGCAUGGCCAGAACUGGCUGCCAGUCAGCCAGAACAUUGACGGCGAGUGCGGCACAAGGAACGAGUGCUACAGUAUUCCCGAUAAACGUAACCGCUUCACACCCACGAUCGCCAUUCUCCACACACUUCUGUUGCGCGAACAUAACCGACUGGCUGAACAGCUGGCACUGAUUAAUCCGUACUUUAACGACGAACAACUGUACCAGGAGGCACGCAAGAUCAACAUUGCCCAGUUCCAGAAGAUCACCUACUAUGACUGGUUGCCGCUGUUCGUGGGCCACGCCUACGCCCAACUGACUGGUCUGGUGUAUUCCUCGGAGCCCACUGAGUUUGUGAACGACUACGACGAGAGUGUCAAUGCUGGCCCCUAUGCUGAGUUUUCCGCAGCCGCUUUCCGUUAUGGACACACCCAGAUUCCCGGCUGGUUCUCACUGGUUGCUCCCAAUCGCAAGGGCAAUCGCACCAUGCGUCUCAGCGAUUACUUCGAUCGCACGGAAUCCAUGCGAUUGAUCUCCGAAGCGGACAACUAUGAUGGAUUAUUGCGCGGUCUGGCAACGCAGCUGCAGAAACGCUCGGACGCGAGCAUCGAUCGCGAAGUAAAGCACUACUUCAAUCGCAAGGAAUUCGAUGAAUUUGGUUCCGAUCUCAAGUCCUUGGAUAUUCAGAGAGCACGCGAUUUCGAGCUGCCCUCGUAUAACGAUAUGCGGGAGUAUUGCGGUCUAAGGCGUGCUCUGGACUGGAAUGAUUUCUAUGGCGAAAUAUCGCAAGCUAAAAUUGCCCAGCUACGCCGACUGUAUGCCAGUCCUGAGGACGUCGAAUUAAGUGUGGGGGGCUCUCUGGAGUUCCAUGCUCCAGAUGCGCUCUUCGGGCCCACUUUCCUGUGCAUUGUCGGCAAACAGUUCCUGAACACCCGACGUGGUGAUCGCUUCUUCUUUGAAAACUACCGCAGUGGAUUCUCUCGCUUGCAACUGGCGGAAAUCAGGAAGGCAAGUGUGGCCAGUCUGUUUUGCAAUAAUGCCCAUUAUCUGCGCUACAUACAACCCAAUGUUUUUGUGUUCCCCAAUACACGCAACAUAUUGCUCAGCUGCGACGAUAUACCCAGAGUGGAUCUAAGCAAAUGGCAAGUGGUGCACUAAACAAAAAAUAUGCGUCCGAGCCCAACGAAAAACAAAGAUGACUUCGUAUAGAGACUUGUUGUAGCUGAAAUAAGAACUCUCCAGCUAUAUACUCGUACGAGUACUUCCAACACCAUCGCUCAUCAGAAGUUCGCAUAUUUUCAAAUAUUUUCAUUAUAAUUUAGGCGCAUUUUCUCCAUAUAGGCGUAUUGUUGUACUAUGUGUCAAUAAAUAUAUAUUUUUUUUAAUGAUCUAA